ACAAAACAGUACCACCCAUAACAUCUUAAUUAUUUAAUUAUUAUUAUUGUCCCUUUCUGAGGCCACGAGGUGGGACGUUGGACUGAGUAGUGAGUACAUUAUAUAUAUAUAUAGAAUUGAUGUACCCAAAAUCAAAUCCAAAACACUAAAAUUGGGUCCCUCACUUUUGUGUCUUUAUCCAAAACUUCUUUUUUUUUUUUUUUGUCUCUGUUCCACUUUCCGGGUCUUCUCUUCUUGGUCUUGAUCGAUCUCCAUUUUUUUUUGUUACACACCAGCUCAAUUCGGUUUUUGACCAUUUUUAAUUAGUUUUGAUAUAUUAUUUGUCAUAAUUAUGUCUUCAUCGUCGUCAUCAUCAUCAUCAUCAUCGUUAUCUUCGUCAUUCCGAGGGGGAACUAAUAAUAAUAAUAAUAAUGGGAAUGUGGGUGCAAGAGGUGGGACAGGUGGUGCUAGUUCGAGUAGGCGAAGGGGUACAGGGUACGAAGGACCCUCUUCGUCUCAGCGGCGUGAGCCCACAAAUGAGGACUGGCCUGGUCAUUUCGUUGAAGCUCUCGUCACACAAGUCGCCAUUGAGGCUUCUCGUUCCACUGGCCGCCGUACCGCUGCUCCAGCUCUUGCCACUGUCUUCCUGGUGUGUCCCACGUGGCGUGAAGCCUCACGCUCGGACCAUCUAUGGCAUCGCCUAACUCGCCGCAUCUGGGGUCGUUCCUACCUUCGACAGAACACAUGGCGUGACGAGUACAUUUACUGGCAUCGAACGGCACAGAACUUCCGCUUGGCACAAUACGCCCACACCAUCCUCCGAUUCGACCCCAACGAAGAGGAAGGCCCAGCCAACGGCCUCACCUGCCGCUGCAUCACUCUCUCUGACACCCACUUGGCCUGCGGUUUCUCCGAUGGAUCCGUCCGCCUCUUCCACCUCCCCACGCGCAUCCACGUCAGCACAUUUCGUCCCCGAACGAGGGCUAUGCUAGGACAAUUCUCACGCGCCAUCACCGGCAUUGUCAUCACAAACAACCACCGCCUUGUAUUUGGCACCCUCGUCGGGGACAUCCACGUGGCGCUCAUCAACGGCCCACCACACACCCGCCGAGUCUUCGAGGGCAACGCGGUCGAUGACGGCGUUUUGGUUGACUUCACGGGCUGCGGUCGCUGGUGGGUGGGUCUAUACGCGGGCGUACCCGACAGAGCCUUCCACAUCUGGGACAGCAACACGGAGCAACUCAUUUCAGUGGGUGGCGCAUUGACGAAUCCGGAUUCGGUCAGAGGUUGGCAGAUGUUGAUCGAGGAGAACGAUGUGUUGGGCCGAAUUAGAGUCACGAGUCAGGAAUCGGCCGUGGCUUGCACGGAUACGAUGACGAUGGUGUUAGAUCUGAGGAAUCAUGGGUUGGUGAUUGGUGAGGAAGAGUACGAGGGUGGAUUGAUGGUGUCAUCGAUGGACGUGAGUAACUCCACGUACAUUAUAGUAGACAGACAGGGGAAUGCUAGUGUGCGCCGAGCGAGCACGUUAGAGGAAUUGUGCAACUUUAGUGUGAGACGUGGGGCAUGGCACAGGGAUAGAGGGUUGAUCGGGUGCAUGAACCGUGGGUUCGCACUAAUGUGCACCGGGACUGUGAUUAGGGUGUGGGAGAUAGAGGGGGGUCGCCACCUUUACAGACUGGCGGAGCAGAUUGGUGAGGUCAGUGUUAUGGUGGCUGAUGAACGACAUGUCGUAGCAUGCUCUGGUGACAGUACAUUGCAUCUUUGGGAUUUCGGUGCCCAGUGAAAAUCAGAAGGGACCCACUUUAGAUAUGGUGGUUAGUGGUUACUGACUAAGAAUAAUAUAACUUUUAACAGAAAAAGAAAAAAAAAAGUAUUUGUAGUUUCAUUGUGUUUAAGAUUAGUGUAAUUGUGAGGGGAUUAGAGAUUAGUGGAUGGGCGUGGGAUACGCUGUUUUGGGGACAGUUUAGGACGAGAGACUGGAUUUGAUCCUUAUUAGAUUAUAGUAGAGAGACUACUGAACUGAAUUUUUUAAUAUCUUCUUUUCUUUCUUUUAAUUUGUAAUUUUUAAAUAAUUUUUUAUUGGUUAGUUUUAGCUUUUCGUUGUACUUAGUGGGGGCUAUUGUAAACUUUUAUUUCUAUUUUUAAUUGCUUCGAAUUGGCUUCUAUGAAAAUGAAAUAUAGCUAAAACAAAAUGGUUGUCCCUUUUGUUGUACGGUCUUUGUAGAAUCAAUGCUUGUUUUUUUGCUUAAUUUUAGAUUUUUUUUUUGUACGCACCACUCCUUAGUAGUGAUGGAAAUUCGGUCAGUACAUGGGACAAGAAUUAUCUACCUUAAUGGAUAAUGGGAGGAGAGUAGGGUGCAAUUUUAUAUAUUCCAAGCUGGUUUAAGAUAGUGUUGUGGGUGAUACUAUUCAUCUUAUAUUCGAUCUAUAUAUAUAAUUUCUAAAUUUUUGUAUAAUUUUUUAACUAUUAUAUAUUAAAAUUAUUGAUUAUAAUUGACUAUUAAUUUUUUCUAAUUUGCUUUGUAGUAAAGACC